AUGGUGCCGGGCGGUGCGGAGGCUUCCCCGGCCGGAGGAGGAGGGAGGGCGAGGACGGAGCGGAGCGGGGUGGGGCGGGAGCCGGGCUCCGGAGACAAGAGACCGGCAGCGUCCGGGAUCGGCGGGGCUCUGGCGCUGCCGGGGAAGCUACACCAUCCUCUUUCGGUACACAAAGCCGAAGCGCCCGCCGGCCGGAGUGCGAGUGCGAGUGCGAGUGCGAGUCGGACAGGGGGGCGCCGGUCCCCCCGGCGGCGACCGCCGCCUCCCUCCUCUUCCUCCUCCUUCUCCUCCUCCCCCGACGCGGCGCGGGGGAUCCUUGAGCCCGCCGGCCUCGCGCCGCCGCUGGGGAAGCCGGUCUGGGGACGACGACGCCGCAGGCAGGCAGACUUGCGUGCAGCUCCCGCUCCCGCCGCCGCUACCGAGGCCGUGUGCAACCGGCAGCAGGAGGAGGAGGAGGUGGAGGAGGAGGAGGAGGAGGAUCAGGAUCGCCGCCGCGAGGAGCCCGGGGAGGGGGCGGGGCGCGAGGCGAAGGAGCACGCACGCGCCAGCCCAACCCGGGGGAGGAGGGCUAGCGCCGAGAGGCGGGGGGGGGAGGUGGGGACUCUUUGUUGCUAUCCCAACCCCAUCCCGGUGGGAUUACUCCCUCCUCUUCGACGUGCCCAAGAAACCUCUGCCUCCUUUGCUGGAGGCCCCGGCAAAACCGUUCGGAAGGAGGAGACUCAGUCUAACCUCAGUCCGAGGGCCUCCCCGAAACGAGGAGAUGAAAAGAGAGAUUUCCCCCCUCCAUACUCCACCCCACUCUGCCCCCAGCUGGUCCUGCCUCUGGGAAGAAACCCCAGGCGCCACUGGGCGGGGGGGUUUCGUGCCAGAAUUGUAGAUGAAAAGCCCCCUUCUCUCCCCGCGACCUUGGUGGAGCUGGUGUAA